AUAAUUUCACAAACCCUGUUGAUCCCAUCCUGUGCCUGAAAUGGACUUUUUCAGUUCGAGCAGAGGAAAGAAAGAUGGGAAAAGAUCAGAAAUAUACUAGAACCCCCUGGAAAAGCUGCCGGUGAUCAGGAUCAUUACCUCAAGUCCCCGUCUUUUCAAAACUAUCCUAUUUGACGACAUCCGUUGACCAAUAUUCUGGUUGGUUCAGGACUGUUCGGGAAGAAAAGUGCGAGCAAGAGCAAUCCGGGGAGCCCUUCUCAUCCCGCCGCCGGUAGAUCGCCGCCACCAUCAUAUCUGUCGAACAAUAGAGAGUACGAUUUCCCAAUCUCCGAUGAACAAACAACAUACCGGAAACAGCCGGCGUCUGAACGCGUCCCCAACUCCCACCACAGGCCUCCGGUGUACGGCUAUGGCACGCCUGAGCGUCGUAGAGACCAAAUGAGUUAUGAGCCAGAGACCAACGCUCCCUCGAGCCCCUUUCAUCCAUCUGGAAACCGCACGCCAGAACGGCGUCGAAAGCCAAGCGAGUACAGUCGAGAACACCACGAUCGAAUGUAUGAGGCAGAUACCCGAAGCAAUGCCAGCCCAUUUCACCCAUUCAAAAGCCCUUCUCCAUCUCCAUACCACACGCCUGAUCGCCGCAGAGACCAUGAUACAGACGACUACGAGUACGAGGCAAUGUAUGAGCCAGAGGCCAACACCAUAUUUGAGAAGAGGAGCCCAUUUCAUCCAGCCAGAAGCCGCUCUCCAUCACCAUACACAACUCCUGAUCGCCGAAGAAACCACCCUGAUAACGAGCAGUUUGAGGACCUGUACGAGCGAGAUGGUGAUGUAACACCGCGAAACAGCUCUCCACCGAGCCCGUUCCAUCCAGCUGCAAGCCGUUCGCCACCACCACAACCAUACACAACGCAUGAUAAUGAGGAAAUGGAGGCAAUGUAUGAAGCAGAUGGCGAUGUAAUGCGGCGGAGCAGAGGAGUCCAUGGAGGCGCAGCAGCAUACUAUUCAUCCAGUGAUGACGACGACAACCACUCUACCUACCUCUUCCCUGAAAUCGCCACCCCAACUCGUUCCGCCAACACCACGCCGGUUCACCACAACUAUCAGAUGGUUGCGGCGGAAAGCUAUGAGCAAGAGAAGCCCUGUGAUGAGCCGCCGGAGCUGACGGACGAGUCUCAGAGCUUCACGGUGCAGGAGAUGGCCAGAAUGCGAGGCUAUGAAAAGGAGGAAGAGAGCCAACUAUCAAUCAUCUCCAGCGAGGCUUACGUAUCCGUGGCCAGCUAUAGAGUGAGGCAGAGCGUUGCGGAAACCCUCAAGGCCAUCCUCGACAAGCACGGAGACAUCGCCGCCUCAUCCAAGCUCCAAUCUACGAUGACGAGGUCCUACUACCUAGAAUCCCUUGCGGCGGUGGUCAUGGAGCUGAGAUCGACGGGCUUGAGGGAUCUGACGAAAACGCGAGUGGAGGAGAUGGCGGCGGUGGUGAAAGACAUGGAGGCGGUGAGAAUACAAGUGUCGUGGCUGAAGAAAGCCAUGGCGGAGCUUGGGGAGGCAGUCAAGUACUUGGACGAGUACGAGGCGGCCAAGGCGGAGAGAGAGGUGUGCGAGAGGGAAGCCAAGGCGGGGAAGCAAGAGAUGGAGGAGAUGACGGCGGAGCUGGAGAGGAGGGACAAGGAUAUCAGAGAUUGCCGAGAGAGGGUCACGGCGGUGGCCGGAAAACUAGGGCAGCUACAGAUGAAAGGUUCGAGCUUGAACAAGAAGCUGGAGCUCUUUCACUCCAAGGUCCAUCAGUUCCAAGGAGAUGCCGUCCUCCUCCACCUUUAAUGUAUUCUUGGAGUUGUGUGUUUUCUUUCAUUUCAUUCAUUGCCAUUGCUGCUGAUUUGUCUCUUUGGAUUUUGUCGUACCACAUGAAACCCAAAAAAAAAACAAAAAAAAAUCUACGGACUCGUUGCCUAUAA